GGCAUAAGAUAACCAACCCCUCCUCUUCCUCAAAACCGCCCCUCUUCUCCAUCCUGUCUUUGGGGGUAAACCCUGAUUCCGUCUACCCAUCUACAACAUAGAUCGCUCUCUAAACCCUCAAUCGCAUCUCUAUCCGUAGCAGCCAUCCUCGUCGUCGUCACCACCGGCCGCGACGCGUGGCCCGUAUUUGGAGGUGCCUCCGAACCAUGCCCGUCAAGCCGAGCCUCGACGCGGACGACCUCUUAUCCAUGGGCGCGAGCAACAGCAGCGAGACCAGCUACGCCGCCUUCACGCCGCCGACGACGGCGGCAUCGGAUGGGCUGCCCGACUACGAAGCCGCCUCGUUCACUGGGCUGUCGGACACGCGCACCCGCGAGGAGACGGUGCCUCACCCAGGCGCGACGUACAUCAUCCGGGACCCGGCGACGAGGCGGCUGCUAACCAUAGUAGGCGGCCAGCUGCGGCUCGAGCACCACGCCGGCGACCGCGGCGGCUACCACUGGGACUGCGUCGAGACCAAGGGCUGGCUCGGCUUCCGCAACCCCGCCUUCGGCGUCUUCCUCGGCCACGACGGCCACGGCCGCAUCAUCGCCUCCGCCCGCCUACACCGCCCCUGGGAGUACUUCUGCGUCCGCCGCCACAAGCAGGGCGGCUACCUCCUCCUUUCCCGCUGGUUCGACGACCUCUGGAAGCUCGACAAGGGCAGCGACGGCCGCACUAUCGUCCGCCAGGCCGAGGGCGGCCUCGCCUGGGAGUUCGAGCGGGUCGGCUAGCAUCUACCGGCAGAGCG